AUAUCAUUUAUUGGAGUCAGAUAUAGAGGAAACUAGCCUCAACAAACGUUUAACUGGUCAAGUCAGAGAUACCAAGCUAUUGGAUCAGUUAACAGACACCAAAUAGACCCAAUUAGAAUCAGGAUUCUCUUUGGUAGCUUUUAAUGUGAUUCUGACCGCCAGUCUGAGAACACAACAGUCUUGAAUGACUUAUUCAUAUUGUAUUUUCUUGAGUUUCCUUUCCCUACAUUUCGUAUCAUGGUGAACAUUCUGAAGUACUACUAUAGUGAACUGGAACACGAGCGAGGACAACCAAAUAUAUUUCAAUACAAAAUUACAGAAUCUCUUAGCAAAAUCUGAGAACCAUACAGUAAAUUGUUCAUCUGCAAAAUACCCGUCAAUUGUCUCAGCCUUGAUUGUUCCUUCGUUUCCACACCAAACACUUCCUAUUCUCUUUCUCUUCUCUUCGACUUUCUUAACCUUCUACCACCAGACAUUUCACUUUCGAUUGAUGAUACAUACUACUUAUAUCUGUCGACAUCAGUAGAACUCAUCACACUACAACUUGUAGAAAUACAUUUUGUAUCCAGAGUCUUGCAUUAUAAUUAUCUAAUCAUCUUAAAAAAUAUGCAUAAAUGAUAUGACAGGCCAUUGGAACCUUAAAUGUUAUGUAUAACAGUUUAACUAUAGAUGAUUCUUACACAAUUUUUAAUGUAGAGUAAAGUGAAUGCUUAAAUCUCAGUUCUUCUCAAUCAUUUAUUAACUUCAGAUAGACAAUAAUGAUGAAAUUGAAUACUCGGUGAAAGAAAGUACUUUUUACUUCGAAUUAACAUAAUAUUUACGAAGCUCUGAUCAGACUGCAAGUUGAAUGGUCGGAAUUAUUUAAAUUUCAACUUUUUGGAAUGAUACAGACAUGAGUUUACAUUUACCAUCACUAUUCCUCUGAUUUUAAAAGCCAUACAUGUUAUUGUACUCUACAAGCUUCAAUAAGCUUUUCCCACUUUAAUCAUCCAUUUUCUUACUUACUAUUAAUUCUUGAUAAAUAGAUAAUGACUUAAACGAAUGUAUAUUUAUGCAUCUCAGAACGUGACUGGAAAUGGAUAGGACAUACACUACGCAAAUCGUCAAACUGUAUCACGAGACAAACCCCAACUUGGAAUCCUGAAGCAAGGCGCGAAAGAGGAAGGCCAAAGAACACAUUAGGUCGGGAACUAAAAGCAGAUAUGGAAAGGAUGAAUAACAACUGGAAGGAGCUAGAAAGGAUUGCCCAGGACACGGUUGAAUGGAGAAUGCUGGUGAGCGGCCUACGCUCCUUCACUAACAGUAACAGGAGUAAGUAAUGACAUCAACAAAAAUAUCAAUCUAUGGUCUGUUGAAUUGAGACAGCUUGACAAAUGGAUUUGGAUGCUUUUAAUCGCUCUGAGUGGAACGAUUCUCAACAUCUUCAUACAAGACAUCCGACAAUGACUUCUAAGGGAUGUACAGAAAUACCACCUUCUAAUUCGUCAUCAGGAAGCUCAGUGGAUUCAAGCACAGAUGGAUGUACAGAAGAAAACAUGGGAUCUAAAAUGAGUGAGUAUCCUGGACAAUCAGAAACAAAUUUUAAUCAGAUACCGGUCAGUGCACAAGAUAGUUUCUCCGACCACAGUCUGAACAAUUCAGCUGGUCCAUUUUCAAGCCAACAAGGUUAUACAAAUCCUUCUUAUAGCAAUAAUCCAUCUGCUACAUCAUAUCUACCAGGUACAACCUCAUUCAAUAUCGAUUAUGCACGUCAAAUGCAAAGUCCUUAUAUUUCUGGAAAUCCCAAUUCACAAAAUCUCCAAACAAAUUAUUGUCCAACUAUACCACCAUCAGGUGGAAGUUCAUUUGGUAGCAACCCAGUGAACACGAAUCAAGGAUCUGUAUACCCGAUGUUUAACGAUUUCCCUACUCCGAUUUCAUCUCAGUCGAAUGAGUUUUCUGUCUCUUCCAGAGUUUAUGGGUUCGCUGAAUCAGCUCCACACGAAGAUAUAAUGAAACCAACAUUAACACCUAAAGGAAAUUUCUGUGUUGAACAUGACUGUGAACGUCUGCAGAGUGCUCUGGAUAGAUUAAAGAUAAGAGAAAAAGAAAUCGUUGAAGUAAUGGGUCGUCGACCUGUUGUUCAACGUACAGCGAUUCUACAAAAAUAUAAAUCUCUGUAUAAGGACAAUUUAUUCGCCAUAUUUAAUUCUAAAUUAACUGGAUGUUUAAAAGAUUGUUUGAUUGCGUUGUGCUAUACACCAGCAGAAUUUGAUGCAAUAGAACUUCAUAGAGCAAUGAGAGGAACUGAUACUGAUGAAGAUACAAUAAUUGAAAUUCUUUGUACAAGAACAAAUGAACAAAUCAGAAGAAUUAAGAAUGUUUAUCCAAAAUUAUUCGAUGGAUGUGAUUUGGUGAAUGAUGUAAACAAUCAGAUUACACAUCAAUUCAAACAUAUAUUCAUGAGUCUAUUAAAGGCGGAUAGAGAUGAAUUUACAUUUGUAGAUAGAAAUCUUGUACAAAGAGAUGUAGAAGAAUUAUUUAAUACAAUACAACAAAACAUUAGAAUAGAUGAAUCAAAAUUCAUUCUUAUAUUGGCUUCAAGAUCUUAUGCUCACUUACGAGUUGUAUUCGAUGAAUAUUUACGAAUUUCUGAACAAACUAUGGAAGAUACUUUAAAGUUCAGAAUGCGUGGAAAUACACUCAGUGCUCUACUUUCUAUGGUUCGUUGUAUACAAAAUAAACCAAGAUAUUUUGCAGAAAAAUUAUUCAAAGCCAUGCAAUGUGCUGAAACAGCUGAUAAAGCACUUAUACGUAUUAUUGUCAGUCGUUGUGAAAUUGAUUUGAAAAAUAUCAUGAAUGAGUUUUAUAAAAUAAAAGGAAAAACUUUGGAUGAAUGCAUAGAUUUUAGUAGUUGGUGUUUAAGAAACGACCAGGUAAAUCUAUUUAUUGAUCGAACUUUAUGGAAUGAAACACCAAGUAAUUAUCGUCGGCUGUUAAUGAAGCUUAUCAAGGGAUAA